AUGAUAUAUGUUCAUUUUAACGUUACAGUUUACCCCCCUCUCUCUUCCAUUCACUUCUUUAUUUUCCAUUACUUUCUGUUUCCAUCUUUCCUACUCCCAUUUCACUCAAGCACUCUAUCCUCCGUUUCUUUCUUUCUUUCUUUCUUUCUUUCUUUCUUUCUUUAUUAUUAUAUAAAUAUUCUUUCUUUCUUUCUUUCUUUCUUUCUUUCUUUCUUUCUUUCUUAUUAUUAUUAUGCAUACUUUCUUUUUCAAAGACCAAACAGUCACUGUUCUUAUAACGUUCUUGUUUGUUUUUAUUAUACAAUAUCUAUCUAUAUCCUUUUUCAUAUCUAUCUACUAUCUAUCACCUUUUCAUAUCUAUCUAUCUAUCUAUCUAUCUAUCUAUCUAUCUAUCUAUCUAUCUAUCUCCUUUUUCAUAUCUAUCUACUAUCUAUCACCUUUUCAUAUCUAUCUAUCUAUCUAUUUCCUUUUUUAUAUCUAUCUACUAUCACCUUUUCAUAUCUAUCUAUCUAUCUAUCUAUCUCCUUUUUCAUAUCUAUCUACUAUCUAUCACCUUUUCAUAUCUAUCUAUCUAUCUAUCUAUCUAUCUAUCUAUCUAUCUAUUAUCUAUCUAUCUAUAUACAUAUAUAUAUAUAUAUAUAUAUAAACUGUUACGAGAUCACUGGCCCAUCUAUUAAACCAAUCAAGCAGGUAUUUUCUCAAUCUUAUUUUCAUAUCUGUCUCUCGAGCUCGGCUGUUCGUGUCUUUCGAUUUAAUUCGAUCAGUUCGCGACUCCCGACUUCUUUCUGUCUCAAUCUAUUCGUGUCUGUUGACCAAAUCCAUUCGUGUGUAUGUAUCUCGAUCUGUCUCAAUCAGUUCGAGUCUCCCGAAACCUACCUGCCUCAAUCCAUCUGCCUCAGUUUUUUCGUGUCACUCGAUCUAAUUUAUGGUAAUUUUCUUCUGACUGCUCUUUGCUUUCCCUUACAAUUUUCUCUAUUUUCCUCUCCUUUCUUUUCUUUUUUCUCUUUGACUUUAUAUCUUACUUUUCAUUCUAUUUUCACCCUUUUUCUAUUUUGCUUUGAUUUUUUUCGUUUUAAAUAUAUUUCUACUUUCUCAACUUUUCUGUUUUAUCACUUUUCUUUUCCUAUUCCUCCUUUUCUUUUUUUCUUUCUGUGCUUUUCUUUCUCUGUCUUUCAUUCUUUCCCUCUUUCGUUAAUUAUCACCACCGACGCGCUUAUCUUUCUCUUUGUUCCUCCUUUCACCACUUCGCGUUUCUUUCUCUCUUCUUUCUUUUCAAGCUUUUAUUUGUUUGUUUCUUUCUAUGGCCUCCGUUCUCUCUCUUUUCUCUCUAUAUCACACUCUCUCUACCUCUCUCUCUUUCUCUCUCCAUCUCUAUCUAUCUAUCUAUCUAUCUAUCUAUCUAUCUAUCUAUCUAUCUAUCUAUCUCCACACACACACAUACAUAUAUCUUUAUUUCUUUCUCUAACUUUCUCUCUCAAUGUCUCUUUUUCUUUCUCUCUCUAUCCCCUAAACAUACAAUGUUAA